UUGAAGUGGUCGAGAGAGGGUCUUGAGGGCUAGCAGCCUUGAUCAUUAAGUUCUUCUCAUUCUGCCCUAAGAACUGACUGCAAGCUCUUCUGGAAGAGAGCAAAGAAAGAUGACCGUGGAUCGGCCCUCAAUUAUAAGUUGUCUUCGCCGUAUCCGUCUUCUCGAUGGCGUCAGACAUGUCUCACGACGGCAAUGCCUGUCAACAGCCCCCCCUGCAAAAGACUACCGCUCUCGUCUCCGCAAACUGAACGACCGGCUGCCUCGAUUCCUCCGGUCCUACACCACGCCUCUUCUCGGCGCUCCCGUCACACACAUCACAUCAUUCCUGAUCCUCCAUGAAGUAACAGCCAUUGUGCCAUUGCUUGGCCUGGUAGCCGCCUUCCACUAUGGCGAUUGGAUGCCGGAUCUAGCUGCCGAUGACUCCAACGGUGCUUUCAACGAAGGUGUCGCCCGAUUCGGGCGCUGGCUAAGGAAAAAGGGAUGGAUAGACGAUGAUGCUGCUGUGGGUGCCACCAAUGUAGCUCACAUCAGCAGCAGUAAUCAGACUGGUGAGAAAGCAUCGAUUCGCGAGCAAAGAGGUGUACAUCUGGUCCUAGAGUUCGCGACUGCGUAUGCCAUCACAAAGGCAUUGCUGCCUCUCCGCAUUGCGACCAGUGUCUGGGCGACGCCGUGGUUUGCAAGAGUUGUAGUACACCCCCUUACGAGCAGGGCGGGAAGGAUAUUUGGGAGGAAGUAAGGAGAGAAAGUCUCCGGGCAUUAUCCUGGCAUAUGCGCAUUAUCGCGUACAUGUGCAUAUGUAGGAGUGGUUACCAGCAGUAGUAACUGCCAUGAGGGGUUGUGCUCCGUACAUGUAAUUUAACUCUAGGAAAUGCAGGAAUAUGAUAUGGU